GGAGGGUCUAGGCCCAGGCGCAGGGGAGCAGCAGCAGCGCCAGGAGCACCACCGGGUGGCAAGCCCCAGCAUCCCUGUCUGAGGACAGAGGCGACUCCAGGCGUGUCCGUGCCCACUCUCCUCCAUCGCUCCUCCUCUCCCAGUUUUUGUAUUGGGGCCUCAGAGCUCCCAUGAGGGUGCACUGAAGGAGGGGGGCCGUGGUGAGAGCACCCCCUUCCCGCGCGCGCGCGCACACACACGCUCCUGGCGCACGCACACCCAGGCAGACCGACACACACGCACGCACACACGCACACCACUCGUUCGCCUCGAGCGCAGGAACGUGGCCGUUGUCUUUGUGUGGAGCCCUCGAGGGGGUCGGGCACCUGGCCGGUCCCGGGGAGAUGGCGCAGCCCAUCCUGGGCCAGGGGAGCCUGCAGCCCGCCUCAGCCGCUGGUCUGGCCGCCCUGGAGCUCGACUCUUCUCUGGACCAGUACGUGCAGAUUCGCAUCUUCAAAAUCAUCGUGAUCGGGGACUCCAACGUGGGCAAGACCUGCCUGACCUUCCGCUUCUGCGGAGGUACCUUCCCAGACAAGACUGAAGCUACCAUCGGCGUGGACUUCAGGGAGAAGACGGUAGAAAUCGAGGGCGAGAAGAUCAAGGUUCAGGUGUGGGACACAGCGGGUCAGGAACGUUUCCGCAAGAGCAUGGUAGAACAUUACUACCGCAAUGUGCAUGCUGUGGUCUUUGUCUAUGAUGUCACCAAGAUGACAUCCUUCACCAACCUCAAAAUGUGGAUCCAAGAAUGCAAUGGGCAUGCUGUGCCCCCACUAGUCCCGAAAGUGCUUGUGGGCAACAAGUGUGACUUGAGGGAACAGAUCCAGGUACCCUCCAACCUAGCCCUGAAAUUUGCUGAUGCCCACAACAUGCUCUUAUUUGAGACAUCAGCCAAGGACCCCAAAGAGAGCCAGAACGUGGAGUCAAUUUUCAUGUGCCUGGCUUGCCGAUUGAAGGCCCAGAAAUCUCUGCUGUACCGUGAUGCUGAGAGGCAGCAGGGGAAGGUGCAGAAACUGGAGUUCCCACAGGAAGCCAACAGUAAAACUUCCUGUCCCUGUUGAAACCAAACGUUGUAAAUACGAGCUAAAUGAUCACGGGAGUUUUUGCUUUCACUUUUUUUUCUGUGCCUGCAAUAAAGCUGACACCUGCUUGUUUCCAUACAAGUUGAUAUUAAAAUAAAAUUUGUAUAGAUUA